CCAUAGGUGGGGUGCCAAACCCAACUCCCUUCUGCAUUCCUCCCCCGAUCAUCCCGAAACAACUAUGAGAACAGUUCAUCUUCUCUUCUUCUUGUAUGCCUUCAUUGCACUUGCUGCCACUUUCUCUCUCCGUUUUCAAGCUCACGCUGCUCCUGCAGGUCCAUUGAUUAAGCAUCUGUCUUCACUUAUCAAAUGGACAAGGUCUGCCUCCAAGACCCCACACUCAGAUGAGAAUGUUCUUCAGUUUGAGAAUGGUUAUGUAGUUGAGACUGUUGUCGAAGGAAACGAGAUUGGUGUCAUCCCUUAUAGGAUUCGUGUCUCCGAGGAAGAUGGUGAACUCCUUUCUGUUGAUGAAACUAAUAGCAACGUCGUUCGAAUUACCCUGCCAUUGUCCCAAUAUAGUAGAGGAAGAUUGGUUGCUGGGUCAUUUCAGGGCUACACUGGUCAUGUGGAUGGAAAACCAAAUGAUGCUCGUUUUAAUCAUCCCAAAGGCAUAGCCAUGGAUGAUAAAGGAAAUACUUACGUUGCUGACAUUCAGAAUAUGGCUAUCAGAAAGAUUGGAGAUGCUGGUGUGACAACCAUUGCUGGAGGAAAGUCAAAUGUUGCAGGCUAUAGGGACGGUCCUAGUGAGGAUGCUAAGUUCUCCAAUGAUUUUGAUGUGGUAUAUGUUCGGCCCACCUGUUCUUUGUUGGUUAUUGACAGAGGAAAUGCUGCUCUGCGAAAAAUUUCUCUUGACCAGGAGGACUGUGAUUAUCAAUCUAGUUCAAUUUCCAGUACAGAUAUCCUUACAGUUAUUGGUGCUGUUAUGGUAGGAUAUGCUACAUGCAUGCUUCAGCAGGGAUUCGGAUUGCCUUUCUUCUCAAAAACAAAACCUUCAGCGAGUGAGUUUAAAGAGCAAGUAAGCAGUGAGAAACACAUGCCAUUCCUGGAAAGCAGUAAAGAGGAGCCAGGAUGGCCGUCUUUUGGACAGCUUAUCGUUGAUCUUUCUAAGCUCUCUCUUGAAGCACUGGCUAGAGCGUUCGCUCAAGUCAUACCCUCACACUUGAUCUCUGGAAGCCCCAAGAGAGGCCUAACACCACUAAAUGAUCGUUUUCUGAUGCCGGAAGAUCAAGUGUUGGUGAAUAGGAAAACCACUCCUGCUCCUCUUAUCGAGAAUAGGCAUGUGCCACAGGUCCAUCACACUCCACGCACAGCAGAGAAAUAUUCAGAAAUAAAGCCUCCAAAGAUAAAAUCAAGCAGUUUCAAGGACCCCUCUCUGUCGAGUAAGCACCGUUCUUCAAAACGACCUGAGUUCUACGGAUCUACUGAGAUUCCACCAUAUACUAAAUCUAAGAGCCAGAAAGAAAGGCCAAGACACCGGCAACGGGAAAAGAGCGGAGAAGUUGUCUUUGGAGCAGAGCCUAAACCUGUUGAGACGAAGGCUGUUGAUCAGAGCGCUACAAAGUUUGACCAUUACAAUAUGAGGGCUAAGUAUGUAUCUGGGGAGUCCUAUCGGUUCAACUCGCAGUAACAAGUUUUGCAUGAUUUAAUGUUCUUCUCAAUUAUAUUGAAUGUCUGCAAGUGCAUCUGUUUGAAGUUGGUCUGUAAUUGAAUCUGUAUUAUAUGCAAAAAAUCUGUGCUUAGUACAGGUGGGAAGAUAAAAAACAAUCUAGAUGUUUGCUAUUUGCACCAA